GCGCGCGACUCUCCCGGUUCGUCCUCAGCGCGCGACGCACCGACACCGGACCAGAUGUCUUAUAUAAUAUAAUAAUAAAUAGUCUACAUGUAUGUACAUGUAUGUGUGUAUGUACAUGUAUGUGUGCAUAGAUUCUUCAUCUGACGGCUGCGGCGGGAGGAAGAGGAGGAAGAGGAGGAGGAUGCUGCGCUGUUUGUCUCUCCCGGUGGUCGCUUUCUCCCCGGGUGUCUCUGCCCGGUAAUCGACGGGACACGGACCGGAUCUCCUCCCUUCAGAACACCUGAGGAGGGACUUUGGGUUUUGGACAGCUGAAGUGACCCCCCCCCCCUCUACCCCCCAUGAAGCGACGCGCUGUGUGAUUUACUCUCUGUGGACAUCAUGUGGACUCCGACUGAGGACGAGAAGAUCGGAGUGGUGAUCUGCACCUUCAGGGGCUCCGUGGCUCAGGUUCUGGCUCUGGAGGUCGGGGAGACGGUCCAGAUCCUGGAGAAAUGUGAAGGCUGGUACAGAGGCUUCUCCACCAGGAAGCCACAUGUCAAGGGAGUCUUCCCAGCCAGUUACGUCCACUUGAAGAAGGCCGUCGUCACCAACAGAGGGCCUCAUGAGACUGCGGUUCCUCUGGAGGACCCCACUUUGACGGAGGUGUCGUCCACGCUGCAGGAGUGGGCCUUACUAUGGAAGCAGCUCUACGUGAAACACAAGGUGGAUCUGUUCUACAAGGUGCGCCACGUGAUGAUGGAGCUGAUCGACCUGAGGAGGCAGCUCCUCUCAGGUCACCUGACGCAGGACCAGAGCCGGGACGUCAAGAGACACGUCACGGUGCGCCUGGACUGGGGCAACGAACAUCUGGGUCUGGACUUGGUUCCCAGGAAGGAGUUCGACAUGGUGGAUGAAGACCACAUCAGCGUGUCAGAUCUUUAUAAGAUGCAUCUGUCCAGCAGACACAGUGUUCAACAAAGUACCACACAGGGGGACGGGACGCGGCAGCGGCACGGAGACCCCUGCAGGGUCCCGGUUCCUCAUCACCUGCUGGUCAACCUGAAGAGCUUCACCUACAACAGCAUCGGCGAGGACACCGACAUCUUCUUCUCCCUGUACGACCUGCGAGAAGCAAAGACCAUCAGUGAGAGGUUUUUAGUGCGGCUGAACAAGAACGGAGCCCCGAGGAACCCGGAGAAGGUGGAGAGGCUGUGUGCGCUGUUCACGGACCUGAGUAACAAAGACAUGAAGAGAGAUCUCUACAUCGUGUCUCACGUCAUCAGAACGGGCCGCAUGCUGCUCAAUGACAGUGAGAAGGGCCCCCCCCUCGUCCAGUACCGGCGGCCCUACGGCUGCGCGGUCCUCGCCAUGAGCGACGUGCUGCAGACCAUCGCCGAGCUCAAGGAGGAGAAGGACUUUGUUCUGAAGGUGUACACGUGCAACAACGAGAACGAGUGGUACCAGAUCCACGAGAACAUCAUCCGCAAGUCCAGCACCAAGUACACGGUGCCGAGCACCAGCUACGGUCUCAUCAUCUCCCUUCAGUUGCUGAGAGGCGACGUGGAUCAGGUCCGCAGAGAGAAUCCUCUCAUCUUCAGCAGAGGCGUGUCCGUGACGCGUAAGCUGGGCUUCCCUGACGUCAUCAUGCCAGGUGACGUCCGUAACGACCUGUACCUGACGCUGGAGCGCGGCGACUUCGAGAGAGGAGGGAAGAGCGUCCAGAAGAACAUCGAAGUCACCGUCUACGUCCUGUACGCCGACGGAGAGAUCCUCAAGGACUGCAUCAGUCUGGGUUCGGGCGAGCCUCAGGUGCCGGAGCACCGCUCCUUCGUGCUCUACCACAACAACAGCCCCCGCUGGAGCGAGGUCAUCAAGCUGCCGAUCCCCAUCGACCGCUUCAGAGGGUCACACCUGCGCUUCGAGUUCCGCCACUGCUCCACGAAGGACAAAGGAGAGAAGAAGCUGUUCGGUUUCUCCUUCACUCCUCUGAUGAGGGAGGAUGGAACCACGCUCUCCGACGAGAGCCAUGAUCUCUACGUUUACAAGUGCGAUGAGAACACCACCUUCAGUAACCACGCCCUCUACCUGGGUCUGCCCUGCUGCAAGGAGGACUUCAACAGCUGCCCCAGCAUCCCCUCCAGCCUCAUCUUCCAGCGCAGCACCAAGGAGAACUUCUGGAUCUCCACGCAGCUCUCCUCCACCAAGCUCACUCAGAACGUGGACCUGCUGGCCUUGCUGAAGUGGAAGGCCCAUCCAGAGCGGGUCAUGGACAUCCUCGGCAGGCUGAGACAUGUCAGCGGAGAGGAGAUAGUCAAGUUUCUCCAAGACAUUCUGGACACUUUGUUCUCCAUCCUGGACGACAACACGGACAAAUAUGGACCGCUGGUGUUCCAGUCCUUGGUGUUUAUCAUAAACCUCCUCAGGGACAGUAAAUAUUACCACUUCAGGCCGGUGAUGGACACGUACAUCCAGAAGCACUUCGCAGGCGCUCUGGCUUACAAGGAGCUGAUCCGUUGUCUCAAGUGGUACAUGGACCGCUCUGCAGAGGUGGUCCGACAGGACCACAUACAGGAAGCCAUGAGGGCCUUGGAGUAUCUGUUUAAGUUCAUCAUCCAGUCUCGGAUCCUUUACUCUCGGGCCACUUGCGGAAUGGAAGAGGAGCAGUUUCGCACCAGCGUCCAGGAACUUUUUCAAUCGAUCCGCUUCGUCCUCAGUCUGGACAGCCGCAACUCAGAGACCCUUAUUUUCACACAGGCCGCUCUGCUGAACUCGUUCCCGGCGAUCUUCGACGAGCUGCUGCAGAUGUUUACGGUGCAGGAAGUGGCGGAGUUUGUGCGCGGCACUCUGGGCAGCAUGCCGUCCACGGUGCACAUGGGACAGUCCAUGGACGUGGUCAAGCUGCAGUCCAUCGCCCGGACGGUGGACAGCAGGCUUUUCUCUUUCCCAGAGUCUCGGAGGAUCCUGCUGCCUGUCGUCCUGCAUCACAUCCAUCUGCAUCUGAGGCAGCAGAAGGAGCUGCUCAUCUGCUCUGGAAUACUCAGCUCUAUAUUCUCUAUUAUCAAGAGCAGCUCAAUGGACACCUCUGUGCAGGAGGAGGUGGAGGUGAUGGUGGAGUCCCUGCUGGACGUCCUCCUGCAGACCCUGCUGUCCAUCAUGAGCAAGAGCCAAUCGCAGGAGGCGGUAAGAGGUCAACGCUGUCCGCAGUGCACCGCGGAGAUCACUGGAGAGUACGUGUCCUGCCUCCUGUCCCUCCUCCGCCAGAUGACCGACGUCCACUUCCAGCACCUGAUGGAAAACUUUCAGAGCAAAGAGGAGCUGAAGGAGUUCUUCUUAAAGGUUUUGUCAGUGUUCAGGAAUCUGAUGAAGCUCAGUAUUUUCCCUCGGGACUGGAACGUCAUGAGGCUCCUCACCAGCAACAUCAUCCUGACCACGGCUCAGUACCUCUCACCUGCUCUGCACAAGAACUUCACGGAGGCCGAGUUUGACUUUAAGGUGUGGAACUCCUACUUCAGCCUGUCUGUGCUGUACAUCAACCAGCCCAGUUUACAGCUGGAGAGCCUGAGUCCUGCCAAGAGGAACAAGGUCUUAGACAAGUAUGGAGAUAUGAGGGUGAUGAUGACCUACGAACUCUUCAGCAUGUGGCAGAAGCUCGGUGAGAACAAGAUCCACUUCAUCCCCGGUAUGAUCGGGCCCUUCCUGGGGGUGACGCUGGUGCCUCAGGUGGAGGUGAGAAACAUCAUGAUCCCCAUCUUCCAUGACAUGAUGGACUGGGAGCAGCGCAAGAACGGGAACUUCAAACAGGUGGAGGCGGAGCUUAUCGACAAGCUGGACAGUUUGGUGUCUGAAGGGAAAGGUGACGAGAACUACAGGGAGCUCUUCGGUCUGCUAACCCAGCUGUUUGGGCCCUACCCGAGUCUUUUGGAGAAGAUCGAGCAGGAGACGUGGAGGGAGACGGGGGUCUCCUUCGUCACUUCAGUCACCAGGUUGAUGGAGCGACUGCUCGACUACCGGGACUGCAUGAAGGGGGACGAGACAGAGAACAAGAAGAUCGGCUACACCGUGAACCUCCUGAAUUUCUACAAGUCUGAGAUCAACAAGGAGGAGAUGUACAUCCGCUACAUCCACAAGCUGUGUGACAUGCACCUGCAGGCUGAGAACUACACCGCUGCCUUCACCCUGCUGCUGUACUGGGAGCUGCUAAACUGGGAGGAGAAGCUUCUGAAGGAGUUCCUGCAUUACCCCACCCAGACGGAGUGGAGCCGCAAGGAGGCGCUCAGCCGCAAGGUCAUCCACUACUUCAACAAGGGCAAGUGCUGGGAGUUCGGGGUUCCUCUCUGCAGGGAUCUGGCCUUUCAAUACGAGUCUCUGUACGACUACCAGAGUCUCAGCUGGAUCCGGAAGAUGGAGGCGGCGUACUACGAUAACAUCAUGGAGCAGCAGCGCCUUGAGCCCGAGUUCUUCAGGGUCGGAUUCUACGGCAGGAAGUUCCCCUUCUUCCUCAGAAACAAAGAGUUUGUCUGUCGCGGCCACGACUACGAGAGGCUGGAGGCCUUCCAGCAAAGGAUGCUGGGAGAAUUCCCCCAGGCCAUCGCGAUGCAGCACCCCAACCAGCCCGACGAGGCCAUCCUGCAGUGUGACUCGCAGUACCUCCAGAUCUACGCCGUGACCCCAGUGCCGGACAGCGUCGGCGUCCUCCAGAUGGACCGAGUCCCCGACCGCAUCAAGAGCUUCUACCGGGUCAACAACGUCCGGCGGUACCGGUACGACCGGCCCUUCCACAAAGGACCCAAAGACAGAGACAACGAGUUCAAGAGUCUCUGGAUCGAGAGGACGACCCUGAUCCUGACUCACCCUCUGCCGGGGAUCUCGCGCUGGUUCGAGGUGCAGAAGAGGGAGCUGGUUGAGGUGAGCCCGUUGGAGAACGCUGUCUCCGUGGUGGAGAACAAGAACCAGGAGCUGCGGACCCUGAUCAGCCAGUACCAGCACAAGCAGCUGCAGGGCAACAUCAACCUGCUGAGCAUGACGCUGAACGGCGUCAUCGACGCCGCCGUCAAUGGGGGCAUCGCCCGGUACCAGGAGGCUUUCUUCGAUAAGGAGUACAUCACUAGCCACCCUGAAGACACGGAGAAGAUCACGCAGCUCAAAGACCUGAUGCAGGAGCAGGUCCACGUGCUCGGGGUGGGUCUGGCCGUACACGAGAAGCUGGUGCACCCAGAGAUGCGUCCCCUCCACAAGAAGCUGAUCGAUCAGUUCCACAUGAUGAGGAGCAGCCUCUGUCAAGGUCUGCCGGGUCUAGAGAAGACCGGAUCAGGAGCCAGCAGAGGGAUCCUGACCCCCCACGGACCCAUGAGCCCCGAGAGCUUCAAGCUGCUGCACCGCCACAGUGAGUCAGGAAACGUUGGCAGCCUUCUGAUCCUGGCUGACGGAGUCGUGAUGGAGCAUCCGGAGGACUUCUACCGCAUGCAGGCAAGCCCCUCCUCCUCCAGCCUCAGCUCCACCCACUCGGCACCCUCUCAGAUGACAAACUCCGCCCCCCCCGGCUUCAGAGUCGGCUCUCCGUCUCUUCCCGACAAAUACCGCCACAACCGAGAGAUGCUGAUGCUGCUGCCGCCGCACCGCGACAGGCCGAGCAGCGCCAUGUACACCAACGUCAGCGACGGCCAGCCAACCAACCUCCAGCGGGCCCUGUUCCACCAGGUGAUUGGUCCGUGCAAACCCUGCAGCGACCCCAACCUGUCCGUGGCUGAGAAAGUGCUAACCACUCCCAGUAGCUGGAGCUUGGACAGUGGUACCAGAGAAGCCCUCCCCUUCCUGUCUCAUGUGGGCGGAGUCAUGCCGCCUCCAGUUCCUCCACGCAACCUUGCUCACGGCCAACACCUGUCGAUGCACUUUGACGCUUUCCACCACCAGGUCAGCGACCUCCCUCCAGCUCUCCCUGCGCGCUCCUUAAGAAAGUCCCCCCUGCAUCCUAUACCUGCUUCGCCCACCAGUCUGCAGUCCAUCAUGGAUGGCAGUAGCUCCACCCUGUCGGGCAGCGCCAGCUCCGGCGUCUCCUCCCUGGGCGAGAGCACCUUUGGCGGCGCCACCUCCUCCUCCGACCCCCCCGCCAGCCACACGGACACCCUAGAGUCCGCCCCCGCCUGCCAGGCCUGGACCACCGACCAACAGGACCUGGACCCGCCCUACCAGCCCUACAGGUACGGCGCCUCCGAGCCCGAGGGCCCGGACGGGGUAAAGCCCCCGCCCUGCCACUCCGCCCCGGGGGGCGGGGCCCCAGCGGGCGUCCAGAAUCUUUCUCACCCUUCACACCAACCGGCGCAGCAGCAGGACGGGCUGCCCCACCCCCACCCCUACCACCUCCACCUGCACCAGCACCACUUCCACCCGCUCUACCUCCCCCACAACCCGCCUCUCUACAGCCUCCACGAGCCCCCUCCGGCCCUGCCCCCCAAGCCCUACCUCAGAGAGGGGUGUGUCCCCCAGGAAGACCCCCAGUCCGCCGCGCCGCGCAACAUCUCCCAGCCCCUCAUCGCGGCCACCAAGGAGGAGCAGGCCAAGGUGGCGUGGGAGCACGGCGUCCGCGAGGAGUGAGCGCCUCUAGGGGCGCGGCUGAACUCUCAGAGGGGGGCGGGGUUGACGUAAGCCCCUCCCCCCGGGGUCAUCGUGCUCCAACAUCCAAACCAAUCGAAGAUUCUUAGGACAAGUUUUCUUCUGACGAGCUCAUCGAGUCCGAUGAGUUUCUGUUAAAUAAAAAAAAUCUAACGUCGGUAUUUGUAAACAACGGAAAGCGUUCGGUCUCUAUUUCAUUGAUAACGUGAAUCAAUCACAAGGUUUAGAAUCAAAGCGCCUCGUUUCCUCUGAAGAUGUUUACACUAAAAAUGGAUUCUACACGAUUUGGUGAUUUGGUGAUUACGGAGCCGAUGGAGCGAUGAAUCCUCAACGGCCAAUCAAACGCCGCGCCGAAGCCGUUUUUUGUACAUGUAACACAACACAUAGAAGUAUACGAUGCAUUUAUAUUUAAUCCUUUUUACGCGUGGGUGAAGGUAGAAAUAUGCAAGACAAACACUCGAUAUUUAAACGGAGAAAAUAAUAAAUAUUCACUUUGAUUGCUAUUUUUUAAAGAAAGCGUUGCUGUACAUUUUGUACGUGUUUUCCACUGAAGGUUACAGUACUUUACGGUUCUUUGUAUGAAGAUGAAUCACUUUUGGGUUGUUUUUUACAAAUGUGAACCUUUGAGUUAUGAUGCGUUCAAAGACUUGCUGGAAUCGUGUUGUUCUCACUGUGCCCAGAGAAGGAGCCGGUGACCUUUAACCUUUGUGGGAGGCUCAGGAUCUACGAUUCGCUGGAUAUAUUUCAUGCUCUAUUUUUUGGAUGAGGCAAUGAUGGUUACUUCCUGUUUAUUUCCUUCACCUCUGUUUUAAUGAGAAAUAAAUAAAUGGCAUGAAUAUUUAACGUUUAGGUUAAAACACGUUUUCAUCCAUCAAAAGUUGAAGAUGAGCCGUUUUCAGGUUACGGCCGACGUUUUAUUUAUUACUAAUGUUUCAAUGUGGUUUAAUCCCGAAGGGGAGAAAUGUACCGAUCAUUUACAAGAACUAUUGUUUUGCUGUUGUUGUUGUUGUUGUGGCCUCACAACGAUCACUCUGUCAGCACGAUGAGCACUGACUUUAUUCAACAACUUAUAAUAUUCAGAUUUUAUUCGACACGCUCACUGAUAUGCAUGGAGAAGUGGACAAAAUAAUAGGAACAGUCGGUUUGAACUCCAAAUGAUGCUAAAGUGGAAUCGUCCAAUCAGAAAGCCGGAUCUCAUGGGGAGGAGUUACGAGUUGGGCCUAAUAAUCGUUUCAUAUUUAACUGAUUGGAGGAGGGAGGGAGAGAGGAGCGCUCUGAUUGGUCGGCUGUCACUCACUGAAUGCGUGAAGAAGAACCCGUGUGGACGGAGAAAAGCCGCCUGGUUGAAUGAUUCCGAUUGUUCGGGCUUUUAUUUGACGGUGCUGAUGGAUGUUCCCGUGUAUUAAGUCCUGGUGGUGUUAGCAUGUUUAUUAAGUGUCACGUGUUUCACGCUAGAUGUAAAUAUCCCCUUUUGUUUUCCCACUCACUAAGAAACCUGCUGUGUUGUGGAUUUAUGAUUAACGACAUUAAACCAUGUUGUUUUAUUGACUCA